AUGUGCAUACCCAACCCCGACGGCCGCGGGCGCGCGCUGCUGAUUGGCGGCGGCAUUGCCAACUUCACUGAUGUGGCCGCGACCUUCAAGGGCAUCAUACAGGCCCUCAGGGAGCAGGCCGAAGCCAUCAAGGCGGCGCAGCUGCGGCUCUUCGUGCGCCGCGGCGGCCCCAACUACCAGACCGGCCUCGCCGCCAUGAAGGCCAUUGGCAGCGAGCUCGACAUCCCCGUGGAGGUGUACGGCCCAGAGACCUCCAUGACCCAGAUCUGCGCCAAGGCGAUCGAGUACAUCAAGUCGGCAGCCUAG